AUGUUCAUUUCCAGAGUAAAGCUCCAGUGUCUCCAAGCGGCACAGCGUGGCUCAAUUUGUAAAGCACUGGUCAAGACGAAUCCUAGUGGGCUGGUAUGUGCAAGCCUUGGUACGAAACGUGGAUUCCAUAGCUCAGGAGUGACGCUUCAAAGCGUACAGAAACCGUGGAGACAGCUAUCGGACGAUGACAAGCGUGAGUUUAUCCGUCAGUUCGUGGAGAUGUACCGUUCGAAGAAUUCAUGCACAAAGAACUACUACAAGCAACUGGCGGCGGGAAUGGAGGAGUUUGAUGAUAUCCCGGCUAUAUUUGGCUUGUUGUACAACGACCUUGCGGACAAGAAGAUCCACAACGAGACCACUGCGGAGUUUGACUCUGAUUUCUUCACGUUGGUGAAAUGA